GUUUUUGGGUUUUUUGAGAGGAUUUAGCCUUCAGGAGACAAUAUGGGUUCAUGCAUAAUUCUGUAUUUGGUUAAUUUGUGUGUGUGGGCGUGAGAAUGAAAACAUGACCUGUGUGUUGUGAUGCUCUUGUCUGUGGACAUGAAUUGUGGUUUAGGAUUAGGACCGAGUUUAUGGGCAUGAGUUGGAUUGUGGGUAUUUUUUUUCUCUUCUUUUCUGGUGGAGAAUUCUACUUUGAGUGUUGAAACUGCCCAUAGUUUUCUCCGAGGGUGGCAUCCUUUCUGGGGUGUGUCCGUUGGUGAGACUAAUUUGUUCGUUGCUCGUGAAUCUGUUGAACCAGCUGGAUUUGAGAACGGUACUGAUUUGAGCAUUUGUUGACUAGUUGCUAAUCACUAACUGAUUAAGGAGGCGAUGAAGAGGAUCGUGAGGACUAGGAGAAAUGGCUACAGUCUCUGAAAAAGAAUGGACGGGUUUCCAAGGUUUACCUGCUGCUACACAAAUCAUUCUUCAUACCCUUCUCGCCAAGCUUCGAAAACAAAAAGUGGACAAAAUUACGAUAGUGCUUCUGGGAAAAGGGGGAGUAGGCAAGAGCUCAAUCGUUAAUUCCUUAUUCAGCGAACGGGUGGCUGCCGUCAGUGCUUUUCGGUCGGAAACCUUGAGACCUCGCCAGUACUCACGUUCAAAAGAUGGCUUCAAGCUCACCGUCAUCGACACUCCAGGCUUCGUUGAAGCAGGUCGCGUCGAUGCUGCUUUGAACAGCAUUAGAAGGUACUUAUUGGGGAAAACCAUCAAUGUGGUGCUCUAUGUGGACCGUCUGGAUGGACCGCGGGAGGACAAAGUAGACGUAAAGAUUUCCAGGGCCAUUUCACAAGCCUUUGGCCCUCAAAUAUGGCCUCAUGUGAUCGUUGUUUUCACUCAUGCGGAGAUCCAUCUGGAGGAUGUGACCUAUUCUGAAUUUGUUUCGAGACGGUCAGCUGCUUUACGGAACAUCAUUCUGAAAGAAUCUCGCUUCAAAACGGUGAACACGAAAGUUCCUUUUGUGUUGGUAGAGAAUUGCAGUCGUUGUUCCGAAAACGGUGAACAUGAAAAGAUCCUCCCCGACGGUACGGUGUGGCUACCCGUACUCUUUGAGGCAUUGGUUGACCUCGUCUUGGGCUCUAAAAAACCGAUACUGAUAGAUGAAAAAAUGAUAGGGAUCUCGAAAGGCAAUCCACUGGGGAGCAUUUGGAUGCCGUUGGUCCUCCUGGCUCAAUUCGUCUUGAUUUGGAGGCCUAUAAGAAAAGCGAUCGACAGAGAUCUUGUAGAAGAGGCUCAACGCCAUUCCCCUUAGGUGUUGCAAGUGGAACACCCUUGUGAGGAGACAACAUUUUCAGAACUGCUAGAGCUCCACCAUGCAUACGCAUCAGCAUCCGCAGCAUCAAAGCCCUGCAUGUUACAGCAAAAAAAAACUACAAAGAAUUUAUGUAAAAUUGAUUCUCACUACCAGUCGUGACCAACACGCCAGUAGAUCACAGGCUUGGUAGUGAUAAGUUUUGCACCUGAAACAUGGGGCUCAUAGCAAUCUGCCUACCUCCAAAAUCAUCCACCAAAUUUUCAUGACUUGGUUAUUUGUGCAAAUACUUUCUGCAUAAAUGCCAACCAAUUGAAGUUGAAGAACUAAAUGUGGGGAUUCAUUUCUGAUGGAUGUGUCCUCUGAGGUCUAUUAAAGCAUGGUAUUCAGGACAGAUUCAGGCAUUUCCUGUGCAGGAUCUAUUUGAAUGAAAUCACAACCAUGCUUCUAGAAAUCAGAAUGUAAACCUGUGGUGAUCAAUUUCUUCUACAAAAUACUCUUGGAGACUUGUGCACAUCAAUGCACUGGCCCUAUUGAAGUGA